UUUCAGAAUACACAGACUCAGAGGAGAAGUGAAUGACAACGACAGAGUAAGAGGAAGACGAGAGUGAUAGAAAGAAAAAUGGAAGAGAAAAACCCCAAAACCUUCAAAUUCAAUUGAUUUCUACCUACAAAUCGCUUCUUCUUCUUCCUCCUUCUUCUCCUUCUGCAAUUCAAUUCAAUUGGUGUUCGUGUUUUCGGAUUCGAAUUCGAGUUCAAUUUCACAAAAAUGGCAGAUGUAGCAGAUAAAUUGGCGUAUUUCCAAGCGAUCACCGGUUUGGAAGAUCCCGACCUCUGCACCGAGAUCCUCGCCGCCCAUGGCUGGGACCUCGAACUCGCCAUCUCCUCCUUCACCACCACCACCAAUCCAAUCACCACCGACACCGACAACAACAACAAUAACAAUAACGACGUCACUGAGCAUCUCCUUCAACCAGAACAACCGCCACCGCCUCCUCCCGGUCUGGCAUGGAAGCUCAUCAAGUUACCCGUCUCCGUCAUUUCUGGCAGCCUAGGGUUAGUUUCCGGCGCCAUCGGGUUAGGCCUUUGGGCCGCCGGCGGUGUUCUCUCUUACUCCUUGGGAUUCAUGGGCUUAGGCGGCGGCGGGGGCUCGGGCUCCGGCGCGUCGUCCUCCGGUUCGGCGCCGAUGCUUUCGGCGACGUCGGAAGCGAUGGAUUUUGUGGCGGCGUUUGAGCGGGAUUACGGGUCGGUGAGGCCGAAUUUCGUGACGGAGGGUUUCAUGGAUGCGCUUCAGCGGUCAAGGAACUCGUUCCAGCUUCUGUUUGUUUACCUGCAUUCCCCUGAUCACCCUGAUACGCCGUUGUUCUGCCAGAGGACGCUCUGCUCUGAGACUCUUGCGGCGUUUGUGAACCUGAAUUUUGUUUGCUGGGGUGGUAGCAUUCGCGCUAGCGAAGGUUUUAAGAUGAGUAAUAGCUUGAAGGCUUCUCGUUUUCCAUUCUGUGCUCUGGUCAUGGCAGCUACCAACCAGAGAAUUGCGCUGCUUCAACAGGUUGAAGGGCCAAAAUCCCCGGAGGAGAUGCUAGCGAUGCUACAGCGAGUGCUUGAAGAAAGCUCCCCAACUCUUGUUGCAGCAAGGCUUGAUGCAGAAGAAAGAAGAAAUAAUAUCCGGUUAAGGGAGGAGCAAGAUGCUGCAUACAGAGCUGCACUUGAAGCUGAUCAAGCUAGGGAACGGCAGAGAAGAGAAGAACAAGAACGUCUUGCAAGGGAAGCUGCUGAAGCUGAGAGGAAGCGCAAGGAGGAAGAGGAGGCUCGUGAAAGAGAAGCACGUGAAGCUGCAGAGAAACAAGCUGCAUUAGCUAAAAUCCGUCAACAAAAAGCUGAGUCCCUUGGUGAAGAACCUGCAAAAGGGCCUAAUGUUACACAGGUUUUGGUACGAUUUCCAACUGGUGAACGCAAGGAAAGGAGGUUCAACAACACAGUGACAAUUCAGUCUGUAUAUGACUAUGUUGACUCAUUGGGUUGUUUAGAAGCUGAUAGCUACAGCCUGGUCUCCAAUUUUCCGCGGGUCGUUUAUGGACAAGAAAAACUGACAUUGUCAUUGAAGGAAGCAGGAUUGCAUCCUCAGGCCAGCCUGUUUGUGGAGCUCAGUUAGAGGGACACUCUGGUGUUUCCCUUCUCAAUUCAAAAAAAAAAAAUUGACUUGGUGAACAAUUAUAAUGUUAGAUAUAAUAGACUGUGGUGGUUUCCGUAGUUUUGGUUUCUCGUAUUUUGCAUUGAAUCAAGCAUAUAGAUUUACUUGGAGAUCAUUUAGAAUAAUGAUAUAUACUUGUUUAGGAAACUCCCCUUGUUGUUUAUCUGUAUAUUUUGUUUCCAAUUAAAUGUUUCAGAAUUUCAGAA